AGAGUUUAUAUAUGUGGGCAUUGGAUUGCAUGUUCAUUUGACAAAUGAGCAAACCUAUCCCCCCUGCCCCCUCCUCUUUCUGCUUGCAAUUCUGAUUUCAGAAACUGAUUUCAGUUAUAAUUAUAGAUUAUGAAAUUAUUGAGUGUGUGUGUGUGUGUGUGUAUGUGUGUGUGUAAGUGUGUAUCUAUGUCUGUGUGUGUGUAAGUUUGUUUAAGAAUCUGAUUUCAGUUCUAAUUAUUAAGAGUGUAUGUGUGUGUUUAAGUGUGUUUAAGGAGGUGCAUAUUCACAAAUGAUGAGCAACAACGAACAAGUUGAGAGUCAAUCAAGUACCAUCACAAAUGUGCCAACUACUCCUACAAUAGUAGUUUCUCCUAAAGUAGCACCUUUGAUCACUCCUGGAGGAACAAAAGAAUGGCAUCCAAUAUGCCCCAAUGAGUUGAAACCAGCUAUAGGGAUGAAGUUUAAUAAUCUUGAAGAGGGCCUUGAAUUUUAUAAAGGUUAUGCAUUUGCUUCUGGUUUCAAUACAAGGAAGUCUACAACUAAAAGACAAAGAAGAAGCAAAGAAUUAAAAUAUCAGUAUAUCUUGUGCAAUAAGGAAGGAUACAAAGAAAAAAGAAAGACUACUGUAGAAAAAGAUUUAAAUAACAAGGAAGGGGAAAACAAUGAAGAAAAAUCUUCAAUCAAAAGGAAGAGACUCGUUACUCGUGUUGGGUGCAAGGCACAUAUUGUCCUAAAGCAUUGUGAUGAUAACACAUUCAUAGUGACAAAAUUUCAUGAGGGACAUACUCAUGCACUUUAUACACCUAGCUGCAAUCUAUUCCAAAAAGAAGGAAGGAAAAUGAACAUUUUACACAAAAAAAUAAUUGUGAAUAAUUCUAAGGUGAAUAUUGGUCCCGUUACAACUUUUCGAAUGAUGAAGGAAAUUGUUGGAGGAUAUGAAAACAUUGGUGCAUCUAAGGAAGAUUUCAAAAAAUUUCAUAGAGAUUUAAAAGCAUACAUUCAAGGAAGCGAUGCUCAAAUGUUCGUGGAUAAUUUUACCAACAAAAAGCUGAUGUGGAGCGCUUUUUUCUUUGAUUUUGAGAUGGAUGAAGAUUAUUGCCUUUGUAGAGCAUUGUGGGCAGACCCCCUUUGUAAAAAGAGUUAUGCUCUAUUUGGUGAUAUGGUAUCCUUUGAUACCACAUACCAAACCAAUAGGUAAUUCAUUUAUGUGUUAUUACUAGCUAUGGCUGAAAUUAAUGACUUUGUUUUAAAUAAAA